AUGGAAGAAACAAUUGUGUUAUUGCUAAUGCUUUUGAGUCAGUGGCUUAGGGGCUGCAUGGACAGUAAAAUCAGGCUGGUGAUGAGUUUCGUGGCUUGGGAAAAAUUCCAAGGAAUCACCCACCGAACUUCAAGGGGUGAUCGAGAGGAUGCUCAGAGGCUAGAAGUUAUUGGUGCUGAGAUCACCUGGGUUGUGUUUAGAGUGAAAUUCCUUGACAAGUACUUCCCUGAGGAUGUGUGUAACAAGAAGGAGAUUGAAUUCCUUGAGCUUAAGCAAGGAAACAUGAUCGUUGUUGAGUAUACUGCAAAGUUUGAGGAACUUGUGAAGUUCUAUCCACAUUACAAUGGUGCGGCUAUGAAUGGGUCGAAGCACAUUAAGUUUGAGAACGGGGCUUGUUCCACUCCUCACAAAAGUGUUAGUGAUAAGAAGGGAAAGAAUCAAUAUAGGGGGAAACCGUAUAGUACUCCCACUAACAAAGGGAGGCAGAUAGCUGCAAAUGAGAAAAAUACAAGUUGGCGAGAGACUCCCGUUACUGUCAAGUGCUUCAAGUCUGGUGAGUUGGGCCACCAUGCUAAUGAGUGGAAGAAUAAUGUUUUGGGGUGCUUCAAAUGUGGAAAGACAUGUCAUUGUAUUGCAGAUUGCAAGAGUGUUUGCCCUACUUGUUAUAACAGUGGAGAACAGGGACACAUCAAUGCUAAUUGUCAGAAACUGAAGAAGGCACAGUCUAGAGGGAAGGUCUAUGCUUUGUUAGGGUUAGAGACUACUAGCGAUGACCAUUUUAUUCGAGAUGAAACACAUUCGUUUAUUUCGCUUGAUUGUGUUGAGAGGUAUGGUUUGAAAUUGUCUUCCAUGGAUGGAAAUAUGAUUGUUGAUACCUUGACUUUAGGUACGGUAACCACUUUGUGGGUUUGUCAGAAUUGUCCACUUACUAUUUAUGGUAAGAAUUUUGGGAUGGAUUUAGUAUGUCUACCUUUGAGGAAUCUCGAUGUUAUCCUUGGAAUGAACUGGUUGGAGUUCAACCAUGUUCACAUCAAUUAUUUCAAUAAGACAGUGUCAUUUCCAGAGUUUGAUGCAUGUGAUGAUUUAUUCGUGUUUGCUAAGCAAGUGGAUGAGUUCGAGAAGGAUGAUAUUGCAUUAUUUAUGAUAUUAGCUUCUAUGAAGGAUGAAAGCAAAGUUGUGAUUGGUGAGUUUCUAGUGGCGUGUGAUUUUCCAAAAGUGUUUACUAAUGAUAUCAGUGGUUUGUCGACGGAGCGUGAGGUAGGGUUUGCAAUAGACUUAGUACCUAGUACUAGUCUGGUGUCGAUGGCUCCUUAUAGAAUGUUUACUUCAGAAUUGGGUGAACUGAAGAAACAAUUAGAAGAUCUUCUUGCAAAAAAGUUUGUUCGGCCGAGUGAUUCAUCGUGGGGUGCAUCGUGUUGCUAG